ACAGCCGAAGUGCCAGGACUAAGUUUGGUUGGUUUGUUUUAAAAAUUUUAACACAAAUAUUAAUCACAAGAGAUGUUAUAGACGCAAGAGGUGUACUGGAAUGACGGCCAUAGACCUCAAAGAACAGGGAAAUCGUCUUUUUAGCGGCAGGCAUUACGAUGAUGCAGCGCAAUGUUACACAAAGGCUAUUAUCAAGAAUCCAACAGUUCCAACAUACUUCACAAAUCGGGCUUUGUGUCAUCUCAAACUUAAGAAGUGGUCUCAGGUCAUAAGUGACUGUCGUCGUGCCAUAGAACUUGAUGUGAACCUGGUCAAGGCACAUUUCUUCCUUGGGCAGGCACUCCUUGAACAGGAGAAUUAUGAUGAAGCACUUGCAAGUUUAAAAAGAGCCUAUGAUUUAGCCAAAGAACAGAAACUUAACUUUGGAGAUGACAUAGCAAGUACAGUCCGUCUGGCUAAAAAGAAGAGAUUUAGUGUUGCAGAAGAAAGACGAAUUAGCCAGGAAAUAGAGCUGCAGUCAUAUUUGAAUAAUCUAAUCCUUGAUGAUAAGAAGAGACAAAUUAAAGCUGCAGGAAAAGAUCCUGAUAAAGAAGAACUUGAUAAAAUUGAAUUGGAAUGUGAUAAAAGACUAUCAGAAGUAAAUAGCCUUUUUAAAGAAGUUGAUGUCAGACGAAAGAAAAGAGAGGUGCCAGACUUCUUGUGUGGACAAAUUAGUUUUGAACUCAUGAAGGAUCCAGUCAUUACACCAAGUGGAAUCACAUAUGAUCGUAAACACAUUGAAGAACAUUUGCAGCGUGUUGGCCAUUUUGAUCCCGUGACAAGAACGGAUUUGAAACAAGAACAAUUGACUCCAAACCUCGUUAUGAAAGAGGUCAUAGAUGCGUUUAUCACAGAAAACGAAUGGGUAGUGGAAGAAUUCUAAUGCAGAAUUCAUUGAUCAAUGUAAAUAAUCAAGAAAUAUCUUCAACGUACAGUUAUUUUGAUAAUAAAUGCGUUUAGCGGCAAAAGCUGAGGAGGGCGCUUAUAGUAAAUCUUAGUACUAUUUAUAAAGUCAUUAGUUGCCUUUGUAACUUUUUCCUUUUAUCAUAGAAUGAAUAAAUCAGGCGAAGCUUUGUCA